AUGUCCAGUUCUGCCCCAACUUGUGGGUCCACCUUGGAAAAGUCAGGAGACACCUGGGAAAUGAAGGGCCUUGUUCUGUGGCCACACAGAGGCCCUGGGGCAUCCACCUAACAUCCCAACAGGCCCUUGCUAUGUGCAGUAUUAUGCAAGGGUGCAGGUGUUCAGACAGGAGCAGCCUCUGCCCUCCCAGAGCUGACAUUUCGUGGGGGUGUGCACCAAAGCAGGGCCUGUCAGAGAUAUUUAGAAACAGCCAUCUCUCUUGACAUCACUGCAUCCCAAAUAAAUCUGGGAAGACCCUCCUCACCUCCAACUCUCCUGAUACAGCGGGGCAGUUCUGAAUAAGUUAUUCAUAACUCCACACCUUACUUUCCUGGUUUGGAAGGGGAUAAUAAGAGGAUCUGUGCCACAGGACGGUUGCAGAGACUGGAUGAGGAUGGAGGUGCAGGGCCCAAUAGUACAGGGUACAUGUCAAAUCAAUCAGCAUUUAUUGAAGGCUGCUAGGUCACUUCCCUCUCCACAGUAUACCCCAAC